CUCGAGGGAAGGAGGAAUCAGAGACACCAAAACGGGAACAUGAACCUGAAACUCCUUUUUUGCCCUGGAUUCCUUCUGCUGCUCAUUGUCAGUCAAAACCAAGCAGGGGCCAGGUCCAUUUCCAGCUUACAGAGUCUCUCCAAACUGUUGGAUGAAGAUCUGGAGCAUCCCCUGGUCUCAGAAGAGAGGGGCCAUGAGCAAGACGAGCUGCUCCCAGGAGGUGUCUUUGACCAGGAAGAUCCUGAAGUCCCGUGGCCCCAGGACACGAUGGAGCAGCCCCAGGGUGUGUCCCUGGGGGACGGAGCAAUCCAGAGAUUCCUCAGCGACCUCCUGAGUCUGUCCCGCAGAUACCGAGGCAGAAGCAAGAAGGGCCUCCCCAGGGGCUGUUUUGGUGUCAGGCUGGACAGAAUUGGGGCCCUGAGUGGCCUGGGGUGCUGA